AGUUAGGUUUGUUUGGUAUCAUGUGUUGUUGUUGACGGAGAAGAGUGGUGGUGUAAUAGGAUGUUGAUUUUAAGUUUAUUUUCGUGACAUGUCACGUUAAAUUCCUUACACUCAUAAUGUUACCAUGCACUGGUUGUUUUAAAGGGAUUAGUUGUCCCUUUUACGAUAGCGGUCUUUGCGAGAGGCCGUACUGUCAUUUCAAGCAUGUAAAGAAAGAUUCAACCGAGCCACCUUCCUCAAAAAGCACUUCUGAAGCACCAGCAGAGACAGGAAACAUGUUACAAAAACUGAUCUCCGAUGCUGUGAAGAAAGUUUUACAGCAUUCAGAUAUUAACCCAAGUGCCUUAAAUGUUAAUGAUAUUGAAUCAUGUAAUUUAUCACGAUCAGCAGUAAGUCAUGUUAUUGAAGAAUUUGUUCCACCACUGGAAACUGUUCCAGUUCCUGUUAAUCGUUAUGUUCCAACAACACAAGUGUCAUAUAAACCAACCCCAAUAUCUGAACUUAAGAAGAGGCAUAUACCAAUCCCGUACUCACCAUUAUUAAUGAAAUCGACAAAAGUCCUAGCAAAACGCCCAUCAACAGAGAUUUUUCCUGCCAAGAAACUCAAAAUAGAACCUGACAGAAGUGCUGGGUUCAAUUCAGCUAUUGAACCUCCACCAUGGAGUCAUACGUACAUUCCAACUCCAAUGAAGUCGCCCUCACAGGGAUCAUCAGGUGAAGAAUUGGAUGCAAAAUUCAGUAGUGAUGAGUCAGAUACUGGAGGUGUAGAAAAAGAUGAUGAUUCAGAAUUAAGUGUUCAUAGGCCAUUCUUAAGUACAAGCCACGAAAAACAGACUGAUCUUUAUGUUCCCACCACACUUAAAUCAUUAGACAGCAGUGAUUAUGAAGCACCUAGUAAUGACAGUGCAAUUUGUAGCAUAGACUACAAACCUACUAAUAAAAGUGGAUCACACUUUGAACCUAUGUAUGUACCUCAUAGGAGUAAUAGCACAGAAAGUUCUAUAUAUGAGCCAAGUACAGUGAGCAAUAUAGAGCCUGAGUACCGACCACAAUGCAUUCCUGAAGCAAUAGAUGAGUAUCAUCCAACAUCUAAGUCAGAACUUAGCAGUAGAAUAUGCGAAGAUAUAGAUAUAACUAAUGAAAUCAAUUUAUUAGGAGAAAUACUAGAAAAUGAUCUUAAGGAUCAGCUAUUAUGUGAAAAUGAAAAUCUUGAGAGUGAACUAGCAAAAACCUGUGGAGACAAAGAACCAUGUGUAAUUGGUGAAGAGACAGAUACAGCCGAACCUCACAAGCAAGAAGAUACACAUCAACAUAAAGUUAAGUUGAAUGAGGCCACAUCUAGUACAAAUAACUUAAGCACCAAAAGUGAAAAAGUGGACAGUAAAAGUGAAAAAACAGAAACCAGGCCAAAGAAAAGCAAGAAGAGUGAGAAAAAUGAGUUCAGUUCUGAAAGACAUAAGGAUAAACAUAAAAAGGCUGUUGAAGGUGACAGGAAACAUAGUGGGAACUCAAAAAGUUCUCACGAAAUUAGAAACAGGGCUGAACCUGAAAAGAAAGUAAAUGAUAUUAAACAUACAAAAGAAACAAGUAGAGAGAAGAAAACUGAAAGAAGACAUGAAUAUACAAAGGAAAAAUCGUCAGGUAAGAAAACUGAUACAGAUACUCAUCCAGAGAAGAAAAUUCACUUAGAAAAAUCUGUGACAAAACAUGAGAAUGAAGAACAUAAAAACCAAAAGAGUGCAACAAGCAAUAAUAAAAAACAUAGUAGUAAUAGCAGAGGCAGUAGUGCUCCUGAGGACAGUCGCUCUAAAUAUGCAGACUCAAAAAAGAGUUCUAAACAUAAACCUAAAUCCAAUGAAACACACGACAAAGAUACCAGUGAGAACAAAAAGAAAAAACAGGAUUCUUCUACAAGGAGCAGUUCUUCUAGUAAUCAUAGACAUAGAGAAACAUCCAAAGCAAAGCACCCUAAAACUCAUUUCGAUAGUAAAAGUGGCAAGUCAAACUUGCAUCACAAGUCUAGCUCUGAAAGUAGUGGGCUGAAGCAAGAAACUGCUGAGAAAAGGAUCAGCCCUGGUACGGAAUCCAGCAUACCUCUUGGGAGAAUAUCUGAAGAACAAAAUUUUGAAACUGGUGUAGAUUCUGCUGCUAGUGAUGAAGACAGUACAAGCACAGAUGAAGAUGAUGUAACUAAGGAAUGCUUACGUAUAUUUCAAGAAUAUGAACCAAGAAAAGUGACAUGUGUCCCUGAGCCAGUACAGAACAAGGAAGAAAAAGAGGAUGAUAAACCAGUAAUUGGAAAGAAACGGGUUGCUCAUGAAGCUGCCCAGAGUGUUACCAAAAAGUUCCUUAUUCCUAAAAAGUUUGUACCAAAUCCUGGAAAGGUACUGGCUGAACGGUAUAUGAAGGUUCGUGCAGCACCUCUCUCAGAUAACUCGUCUACAACUUGCCCACCAUCCGCACUUCAGUCACCUGCAAAUACAGGUGGUCGCGUACGUGUUGCCCAUGUUCAGAAUGUCCAGUUGCUUCUAAAUGCCAAAAAGAGAAUGGAAGCAUUGAAGACACAUGAGCCGAAUAAAAGACCUGUGACAUCAUUAACUGUAAUGCACACACUGCCUAAAGGUGGUCAGCGUAUUGCUCAUACAGCAGCACAAGACGUAAAAAUAAGAGCCACCAUAACAGCUGAAGUUGGUGGUAAAAUCCCAGCACAUAUUCGACAGAAUUAUUUCAACUUGCUGUCUAGUGAAUAUGUUAACUUUUAUCACAGUGAAGAUGAAGCACAAGAGAAGGCAGUGGAAGAAGAAAAAAAUAUAUACAAUCGCAGUUCAUCACGGCAGGUAUACACAAAUCUAAUGUUGAAUAGAAUCCAACAAAUACGCCGUGAAGCAGCACAAAAUGCACCGAGUACCAGUAAGGCUGCAUCAGCAAAACCCACUAUGCGUCCAUUUGGGAACAGAACGGUCUCGCACAAUGCAGUGUUAGCUGGAAAAAAUCGAAACAAGGUCAGCUGGAGUAUUGAAAAACCAAAGAAGCAACCAGAAGUACCAUUAGAUACUUACAGCUGCUUUUUGAGGCAUCUUAUGACAGAAGAGGAUCUGAGGAACAAUGGAUUCCCAAGACCACAUCCUGAAGAAAAGGGUGUAGCUGUUGUUUAUUCAUCUUAUAAACAAUUUGUUGUGGCAAGCAAUCCUUUAAAAAGGAUAUGUGAUCGUUGUGGCAAAGAAUAUUCUGUGAAUUCUCAGGGAUUUCCUGUAAAGGCUGAGGAAUGUAUAAAUCACUCGGGGAGGCUGUACAAUAUGAGGAUUAAUGGCUCGUGGCAAGAGAGGUACAUCUGUUGCAGUGAAGGCAUUGGUGCAGCAGGGUGUAAUCAUAGUGAUUGCCAUGUGUCAUCAAAUUUCAAUCCAAGUAACCUCCGAGGAUUUGUGAGGACUCUACCGAGGGAAACAGAGGUUGCAGAUGGUGACUAUGGAGUGUAUGCACUGGACUGUGAGAUGUGUUACACAACAAUGGGACUGGAAUUAACCAGAGUCACUGUCAUUGAUCGAAAGUACAAAACUGUUUAUGAAACUCUAGUGAAACCAAAAAAUCCAAUAAUUGAUUAUAAUACACGCUUUAGUGGUAUAACGGAGGAGCAGUUACAGGAUGUUACAACUUCAAUAUAUGAUGUACAGUCUGCAUUAUUGAGUUUCAUUAGCUCCCAGACAAUUUUAAUUGGGCAUAGUCUUGACAGUGACUUCAGGGCACUGAAGUUGAUUCAUGAUACAGUAGUGGAUACAAGUGUUGUGUUUCCUCAUAGGAAAGGCCCUCCAUACAAGAGAGCUUUGAAAACGCUUUGUAAUGAAUACUUAUCGAAGAAUAUUCAAAAUAGUGAAUCUGGACAUGACAGUGCAGAAGAUGCGAAAGCUUGUAUGGAACUAAUGCUGUGGAAGAUCAAACACGAAGGGUCAUCAUCUACAUAGCUAGGGCUGCAGAACAGUCAGGGUCCAGCCACUAGCAAAUGGCAGUACAAGUGGUUGGUUCCGUGCAACGUCAUUUGAAGACUUCACCGUGACUGUGUUUUUAGUGUCUCACCAAACUUUCAGCUGAUAACAUAUCGUGGAUCGUGCAGUUGUUGAUUGUGGUGUUUCAAUGCCUCAGUGUCUUGAUAUAGUUAACUGCCAUCAGACUAAUAGCCAUGAUAUAGUUGGACUUUUACCACAUUCAGUGAGUGAUUUGUGAAGCUGUAUGUGCCCACUUCAUCUGACGGACAUUUAAUCACAUUGUGUAGUCACAUCUGGCCGUUGUUACCAGAGUUCCUAACAGUCAGUGUUUCAGGUCGACGUGUUUUACCGAGGAGCUGAAUGCUCUCUAAUGACUUUAUCUUAACUGUAUAUCAUUAUUCAAUUCUGGCUUAUGUUGUAGCCAUAGACAAAAUUUCCAGCAGGUAUGGUACUGAAUAAACAGGUAGUCGCUACAUAUGAUGAUAGUAUGAUAUAUCAUCAGUAUGAGUGACAUGUAUCUUUCUUUACUGAUAUUAUUGAUGAAUUAACUGCAUAGUGAUAUGGCGCAUGUGGCCUAUGUUUGUUCCAGUGUACUGCAAGGAAAAAACUUCAGGUGUUUUAAAGUAACUGGUUGUUUCCCCGUCUUAUCUGGGAAUUAGUUUUUGGAGAUACUUGUUUUGAAUGUAGCUGCCAUAUUUGUCUGUUAGUCCCAGGAUUCAUGUUUUGUAAUACAGAGAAGUAUUAUUUCCUUAAUCCUCGUUGCAACGGUGAGUGCAUCUUUGACCAUGACAGAUUGAGUAUCCACAUCUUCAUCAUGCGUACCUUUUGUACGACACUGAUGUCGUCAAACCUUAUAUCAGUUAUAUUUCUUUUGCUGCUUAUGCCCCCAUUGAUUAUGAAAUAUGGUGAACAUGAAACUUUUGAUUGAUUUAUUUAUCACUUGCAAAUACUGUGUUAGUUCCAUUGUCUUUUAUUUAUAAUUUACUGAGAACAUGGGCAGUGCCCAUGGUUUUAAGACAAGUUAAGAAAAAAAUACCUUUUUGAUAUUGUACAGAUGUUCCCAAAUUAAUAAUUUUCUAUAGAGAAAUGUAGAGCCACAAAUGUAAGAAUGUUUUUGAGUUAGGAAAGAAGGUAUAAAUAAUUAUGUAACAUGCCAUCUUGAAAGGUGCACUCGUAUAGUGCCAGAUAGGAACAGAAUGUGACACUUGGUAAGAAGGGAGCAGGUUUAAGGAUAAUAACAGCACUUCUCAGGCAGACACAGGCCACAAGAACUUAAUUUCUUUUCAGUUAUGGUCUUUGAAGAAAACUGAUCUGUAUAUGUUCACAAGACUGAAAAACUGAGAGCUGAAGCAUAUCAUAAGGUCUAUCUAGGUAAUGUCUGUCUCAACUAUAAAACACUGAUUGUAAGGAAUUUUGCCUUAUAACAGCUGUCAAAUAGCUGAAACCACAUUUUUCAUAUUCAUAAUUAUCAAAAAUUCAUCCAAGUCACUUAAUCAUCAAAAGCAUAACUGCCUUUUUGUUACUUUUCAAAGCAGUAUUAAAUUUUUCAUAAAAUU